AUGUGCUCAUCGGCCGAGACUGAUAUUUGGGAAGAAAGCGAAGUACAGGGCUUCAGUUUCGACGUAACUGUAUUUUGAUGAGUUAGAAAUUUUUAGGACAUCGAUUCUGCAAAUACAACCAGAUAUUCGGGUUCGUCUGGUUUUAUUCUAGCUAAAAAAACUCUAGAAUCCCCGAUUCAUAAUUUUAGAGGAAACACCGCCGAGUCGCCCUUUAUUCCAAGUAAAAUGAAACCCUUCUUCCUCAUAUGAAAACUCCCAGGUUUCACGAACGAAAGUUGCGCCUUCUGCAAAGGACGACUUGUUACGGUAGAGAAGUAUGAACGCGACACUUCGUUCUGCUCCGAAGUUAGUGCUUCCUUAUUCUCCCGUAAACUAACUUUCGAAGGAAUGUUGGGGGCAGAGCAUACGUACAUGCGUUGCUGAUCUCCGUCGUGGUGACAUAGGCUCAUGGCCAGUAGAAAUGUUUGUGUCCCUUGACGCUAAACGAAAGUUACUCGAACUUGCUGCCGAAACACUUGACGGCAACUUCUUGCUUCAGGUAGGUUUCCUCUCUCUGAUUUUGCGAAAUGCGCUCCAUCUCCCUAUAGGUCAUUCUGAUCAUAAAGUCACAUCUGGACCAGGAACUUUUCUUCCAACUCCUGCUUCAAAAUGAUCUGAGUUACCUACAUUACGUCCGCUUUUUGAACGAAACAGGGCAAAUGAAGGAUGUGACUGCUCUCUACGAGUAGUUGAUUAGGUUUUGCCAUUGAUACCACUUUUAGAGCAAAGGGUUGUGUUCAGGAUUCAAAGGUUUGCACACGUUUUGUGAACCUACCAAUCCCAAAUAUGGAUAGAUGUAUUCAUUCAAACGUCUUCUGGCUGGCGAUGGUCCAGUGACUCGACAAGAAUGUGAGAAACACAUUCAUACCCUCCGAAUUUUCGCUGUGUACGGUAGCUCUGUGGGAAAUUAUUUCUUAACUUUCACUAGGACUGAACUCUCUUCCAGUCCUCGCUUAUCAACAAUGCACGCCUCCACCUUGCAGACCGUUGACCUUCUUGACUUUCAGACGCAAGCGGUUUGUCCGCCGGUGCAUAUAAUUAUACAACCUUUUUAUCCAGAACUCCGAGUGGAUAGAAUUUGUUGAAAGGACACUUUCAUCCGCCAACGAACAUGUGAAAUCGUUAUUAGAUGAACUAUCCGGACCACUUAUUGGCCAAAACCUCGCAAGUACAAUUGUGGCGUGCAUUCUAAUGGACAACAAAGCUACAAAUGGUAGCCGCUCACAUCAAUUAAAGAUUAAACACAGGGUAAGUGUGGCAUUACUAACCGUUUACUCUUACCUCAACAACUCCUACCUAAACUUCCUUCAUCCAACAAAUGGUCUUUUCCUGCCGUAAUUAACCGCCUGUUUGUUGAAAUUGGGAACAUUCGACUUCCCAGAGGGAGUCGCGUGACUUGAGCGCAACCGAGAAUAUUGUUUAAUUUAAAGCCAACGCUGGUGGAACUGUCCCGCAUAGGGUAUCGGCUGCUUUAUAGUUAGCUUCACUAAAUUAAAACAUGAAAAACUCACCUUGUAGCCUUUCACUUCCUUUUAGAUGUCUGAUGAAAUCUUUCGCUGGCUUGCGUUGGAGCCUUUGAUAGCCCUGCAGAACUGGAUGGAAAUCGAUUCACUGUUGAUAGAAAAGGUUAGAUAUGGCUGCAAACUAAUCUACCAGUAUUGUAGAGGUGGUUUUCGCGAAAAUUUGUUCUUGGCCUUCCGGUUGAUCGUCUACUUCUCUUCUUGCAUUCAAAAAAUUCGCCAAAAGCGGUGAGCUUUCUAUCUCUUGCAUUAACUUAGUUUUGUUCUAAAAAUUGCAACUGAGUGAAAAGCAUUGCUUCUUUCCGUUUUCCUCAGAGAACUGGCUUUUUGUCCAUAGUAUGUGCUCAAUGAUCCCUUCCUCACUUUCACUCUCAACAGAUCCUAUCAUCGAGACGACUCAUCCUUUCGCCAUUUGCAAAGCCCGAAUGA